AUGUGUCUGACUAUCUGUAUUCAUGCAUUUGGAUGUUUGGCUUGCAGACACAAGCAGCAGUGCCCGGGUAGCUAUUGUAUAGUUCAAGAUUCAUUACCUAGAGGUCCAAAAGUGGAAGACGCACUCAAUGAGGGCAAGGCUGAAGAAGCUGUCGGCAGAAGUUCGCACUUCACACAUAAUUCAGACAAGGGUGGAAGAAGCAAUAAAAAUGAACGGGAAGAUGCCUCCGCUGAGUUCCUUCAUGUUCAUGAUAGUAGAGUUGGCUGUUCAGGACUGGAGUCCUCCUCAAGAGACCGGUCCAGCAAGAAAAUCAAAAUUUCAAAGGAUGAUUGCUGUGACCUUCAAAUUGUAGGAACAGUUCAUGAAGCACCAAAACAUCCGAGAACAGCUGUAUUAGAGAACCAAGAGUACACGAGACGGAAGAAAAAGAAACAAAGAAAGGUGGAUAGCUACUCAGUAAUAAUUGAAUGGCUGAAUUACUAUUGUUUUAGUGAUUCAGAUGAGGAUGAGGUGCCAUUGAUUAAUAAGAGAACAGAAAGAAGACGACGACAAAAAUUACAUGACAUGUCUAUAGCCAGGUUAUCCAGCAAUGAUGUUGUGUCUGUAAGCCCACCUUCUGAUACAGUUGGUUCUUGCCUGCCAGAUCCAGGGGACAACAGCAAACUUGAAAUUGCGCCAGCUUCUCAGCCUGAAGAAAGAUCCUCGCAAAUUCAUCCUGUGGGUAGUAAUGGAGUUGCUGGAAAUCAAGCUGGUCAUGGAUCUCUGUCUUCUCCGUUGGAUUCACCAAUUAGAGGUGAAAUUGUUGACAUUUCAGAUGGUUGAGUACAAGAGUUCCGUGUUAGAUCCUUAUACUGAAGCCUGGAUUCAGGAUUAUCCAGUAUAGUGGUUGUAAAGACCCUAGUUUCUUUUAUGCACCUUGCAACUGCUAGACAAGUAGACAUGCGCAGGCUGCUAAGCCUGCGAGUGCCUUUGUACAUGAGCUUUCCGUUAAUUUAUGCCUUUUUUGUAUAA